AUGGCUGAGCAUUCUGGUCUUGAUAGUUCUGCAAAGAAUGUGGAUAAACUUCACACUCUGUCUGAGCUUCAUUCGUCCAUUGUUCCUUCAAGUCUUCAAGUAAUAAAUCUGAAGCUAACGAGGGACAAGUACCAUGAUAACUAUCGGUUAUGGCUUUCUCAAGGUCUGUUCAUAGUCAGAGCUCAUGGAUUGGAAGAACAUUUGACAGGGAUAGCUGAAAGUUUGGCAUCUAGUGGACAAGUUGUUUCUGAUGAAGAUGCUCUUCAAUAUGUUCUGGAUGGGUUAGGUCCUGAAUUUGAUACUGCUGUAGUCAAUUUAACCUCCAGACUUGAGUCUAGGUUUGAUUCUACCUACUAUAAUCCUUCAGUACCUACCUAUAGACUUGUUGUGUUUCACAAUACUAGAAGAGGUCGUGGUAGGAGUAAUGGCAUAGGAAGGCCAAUAUGCCGGGUCUGUAGCAAGAUUGUUAACACUGCGGUGCAAUGUUACCACAGAAAUAAGAUCCCAUAUAAGAGUCUUAGUGAGCUGCAAACUAGUGUUAGUCCAUCAAAUUGCACAAAAGUUGUUAGUAUUGAUAAUAAGUCCACAGAGUCAGUUCUGGAUAGUUGUAAUGUUCCUUCAAUAAAUAAAAACAUCUUUGUUCCUGAUUACUCUUUCUCUAAUAAUAAUGUUUCUAAUAUGAGCAAUAUGAUUGAUCAUAUCAAUAAGACUCCUAUUGUUGAUCAUGUUAGUGAUAUUGAUGGUAUUUAUCCUGAUGAUAAUAGUCAUGCUAUUCAUGAUACUCAUAAUAGAACUACUAGUCAUGAAGUUUCUAUUAAUUUGAUGUUGAUCCAUCACGUGAGGAAUCAAACGGGAACUUUUGGGGAGGGAUUUGCUAAGCUUGUAGAAAGCUUUAACAAGGAGAAGCUAAAGAAGCUUCAAAUCAUAGAAGAACAAUGGAAAGAUAAGGUGCAGAGAUGGAGGAAUGCUUUGACAGAGGCAGCUAAUCUAUCUGGCUGGACAUCAGAAGAGGAACCAAAAGAAGGGAAAGUUUGGAAGGAGAGUGGGGUUUCAAUGGCGUUUUUGCAGAGGCUAAUCUUGAACAGGAAGCCGGUGCUUUAUGGGAACUGUAGGAGGAGUCUCUGCAGUUCGCUCUCUGCGGUUCCUAGUGAUGAUUAUUCUUCUUCUUCCUUGCCGCCCAGUUGCCGCCCUUUGAUUAUCAGCCUAAGCAUUACUUGGCCGAUAUUUUUUCCUUGUUUUGGUGUACAGCUCAAUAUUGUUGAAGGGAAAAUGCAAUACUUGUUUAAUGAGAGCGGGAGGCGGUGCCUAGAUGCUUUUGCUGGAAUAGUUACUGUGUCUUGUGGGCAUUGCCAUCCUGAUAUCGUGAAUGCUAUUACAGAGCAAAACAAUCUUUUCCAGCAUGCAACGACUGUGUACUUACACCAUGCUAUAGCUGGCUUUGCUGAGGCAUUAGCAUAAAAAAUGCCUGGAAAUCUAAAUGUUGUGUAUUUCGUCAAUUCUGGGACAGAAGCAAAUGAACUAGCAAUGUUGAUGGCCAGACUUUACAGUGGUAAUCUUGGCAUGAUUGCCCUAAGAAAUGCUUAUCAUGUUGGAAGGUCCAAUACAAUUGGACUGACUGCCCUAAACACAUUGAAGUACCCCAUACCACCGGGUGAAAUCCCUCAUGUUGUAAAUCCAGAUCCAUACAGCGGAAUCUUUGGCUCGAACACGGCCCUUUAUGCCAAAGACGUACAAGAUCACAUUGAUUUUGGAAGUUCAGGAAAAGUUGCUGGUUUUAUAGCUGCCAUUCAGGGAGUUGGUGGAGCAGUGGAAUUGGCCCCUUGAUACUUAAAACAUGUUUAUGACCUUGUGGGCAAGGCUGGUGGUGUCUGCAUUGCUGAUGAAGUGCAAACUGGAUUUGGUCGAACUGGAGGCCACUACUGGUGCUUUCAGACACAAGGGGUCAUUCCCGACAUAGUAACCAUGGCAAAGGGAAUUGGCAAUGGUUUGCCAUUAGGAGCUGUUGUGACAACCCCAGAGAUAGCUAGUGUAAUGGCUCUGAAGAUUCAGUUGAACACUUUUGGUGGAAACCUGGUAUGUUCUGUUGGUGGGCUUGUGGUGCUCAGGGUUAUCGAUAAACAGAAGCGUCAAGCACAUUAUGCUGUCGUUGGUUCUCACCUGAUUGGACGCCUGAGAGCUCUACAAGAGAGACAUGAUAUUUUCAGUCAUUGGAGAGGGAGAGGACUCAUGGUGGGAGUGGAAUUAGUAACUGAAAAGAAGGAGAAGACGCCUGCAAAGGCCUAAACUGCAGUCUUGUUUGAGAAACUUAGAGAGCUAGGUGUUCUUGUUGGGAAAGGUGGACUACAUGGAAAUGUUUUCAGAAUCAAACCACCAAUGCGUUUAUCCAAAGAUGAUGCUGAUUUUCUUGUUGAUGCUUUGGACUAUGCAAUGUCAAAGUUAUAAGAGUAUUAGUCUUUUAAGAGCCUGGGAAAAUCAUGUAACUCUUCAACACCUUUGAAUAUCAAUCUCUUCAGAAAGCUUAUUUUUCAAUAAUAUCAAGCAUGUUUCCACAAAUUUCAGCUCACUGUUAAAUGAUGAAAUGUAUAUUAUUUCACAAUAUUUCUAGUUGGGUUAAUCAUAAUAUAUUAUCUUUCUUUCUUUGAAAGUUAACCCCUCCCUGCAAAAUAG